AUGUUAACAUAUAGCCUCCUUAUCUAUGAUUGGUCUGUCAGUCUUACCAAAGCGCUUGAAAGUUACAUGAGAAAUUUUGUGUGGAGUGGAGACAUCUGUAAAAGGAAGUCGUUAACUGUGACUUGGCACAAAGUUUGUAGACCUUUUCAUCAAGGUGGUCUUGGUAUCAGAUUUGUUUCCUGUAUUAAUGUUGUAACCAAUCUCCAAUUGUGUUUAGAAUUGUUUAAUUCUUCCAGUCAUUGGGCUCAGCUUCUUAUGCUCAAGGAUUUGUGA